AUGAAGACAGGCCGAGCGCCGACAACCGUGAAGACACACAGGGCGCCCACCACCACGAACGAAGAAGAGCGCCCACCAACACCACCUACACACGGCGACGAGGGCUUAGCACCUUCACUCCGUCCUUCAUCCCUUAUGGCCCAUCACUCCCUCUCCCAUUCCCCCACUCUCUCCCCAUCUUCCUCUCCCUCACUCCCCCCAUUCCCUCACUCCCUCUCCCAUUCCCCCACUCCCUCCCCAUCUCCCAUUCCCUCACUCCCUCUCCCAUUCCCACUCCCUCCCCAUCUCCCAUUCCCUCACUCCCUCCCCCAUUCCCUCACUCCCUCCCCUCUCCCUCACUGCACACCACUCCCCCUCUCCCUCAUUGCCUGCCUAUAUCCCUUCCCUCCCUCCCUCAUUGCCUAUAACCCCUUCCCCCCUCCCUCAUUGCUUACCACCCUUUCCCCUCUCCCUCAUUCCCCACCACCAUCACCUCUUCCUCAUGUCUACCACCUCCCUCACUCCCUCUUCCCUUGA